AUGGUGAGUAGUAUGGUGGUGGUGGUGGGGAACUGUAGACGUAUGGUGGUGGAGGAGAUUUGUACUCAACCUUUGGAGAAGGUGAGUAGUAUGGUGGUGGUGGAGAACUGUAAACGUACGGGGAUGGUGAGUAGUAUGGUGGUGGUGGAGAACUGUAGACAUAUGGUGGUGGAGGAGACUUGUACUCAACCUUUGGAGAAGGUGAGUAAUAUGGUGGUGGUGGUGGAGAACUGUAGACGUAUGGUGGAGGAGGAGACUUGUAGUCUACUUUAG